GCUCCAUCUCUUUCGGUUCCUUGUGGCCAGCAGAGUCUCUCCAGAUAAUAACCCGCUCAGCUCAGAGUCCUCUCUCCUCUCCAGUCUGCUGACAUGGCCAAGACACGAGUCCUUCUUCGACAUCACCGCCGGUGGCUCACCGAUGGGCCGCAUCGUGAUGGAGCUCCGUGACGACGUGGUGCCCAAGACCGCCGAGAACUUCCGCGCCCUGUGCACCGGCGAGAAGGGCUUUGGCUACAAGGGCUCCAUCUUCCACCGCAUCAUCAACGACUUCAUGUGCCAGGGCGGUGACUUCACCAACCACAACGGAACCGGUGGAAAGUCCAUCUACGGCAACAAGUUCGCCGACGAGAACUUCACCCUGAAGCACACCGGUUCCGGCAUCCUGUCCAUGGCCAACGCCGGCCCAAACACCAACGGGUCCCAGUUCUUCAUCUGCACGGCCAAAACACAAUGGCUGGAUGGGAAGCACGUGGUGUUCGGCAGCGUGGUGGAGGGCUUGGAUAUUGUGAAAAAGAUGGACGGGUUUGGCAGCCAGGGCGGCAAACCCUCAAAGAAGGUGGCCAUCGCCGACUGUGGGCAGCUCUGAGCUGCAGCUCUUAACCCUUUCAGCUCCUCCUGUAGCCACACCCCUGUAGGCUCCACCCGCCCCCCCCACCUCCGCCAUUCAACAUUCCUAUUGAUGGAGAUUCAGAUGCCCCCCCCACCCCCAUCCCCUCUUUUUUAUUCUGUUGUUGAAAUCAUGUUGCUGCAUUUGUGACUUUGCCUUUAGAAGUUUCUUUUGCAUUAACGUUUUUUUUCCACAAAGUCCCAACAGUUUUUUUUUUUGUUAAGUCAAAAAAAUGAAUAAGAAAAUAAAACAGAAAAGUUGCCUUGACAAUUGAAA